AUGUCUUCCCAACACUAUCUCGACAACGCCUCCUCUAGACCUGUAUCUAGAGUAAACCAAGCAUGCUUGGUCUACGGAAUGCACCCAUCCUCCGCUGCUCCUACCUCGGCAUCGUCUCUUACUUCUGGCAAAGACUAUAUCUAUGAUUACAGCGCCUCUACUCCUAGUCAUGUUUCUCCCGCCCCUUCUGCUCCCCCUGUCAACUACUCAAAUUACAGUUCUCCGACUCAAUUGGCUGGAAGUCAAGGUAACACCCCAACGAACUCCCAACACGACCGCCCGCGCCUGCUCUACGAUCCCAGGCCUUCUCGGGCACUUGGCCCGUCGCCUCUCGUUCGGUCAACGUCGUCGUCCAUUUCCCCGCUGAGCCCCCAAUUUGAUAAUCUCGUGAACUUCGCGCCUGCUGAGGUGCCGACGACCCCGGCGACGGGACACCUAUUCUCGCCCUCCGCUGCGCCCCAACGGGCUAACAAUGCCUCUUAUCUUGCCCCACCGUCAGCGGUGACCCCCUCGCAACAUUCUAUGGCGUCUGCUAGCGAGCGUUUCCCCCCCGUGGAAGAACUUCGCGAUCCACGAGGGACCGCGAGCCCGACGAAUAAAGCAAAGAAAGGCCGUGUCCCACCUCCAGUCAACACCCUGGUCGCCGCCGCUCUCCCUGGCCCCGAAUGCAAUAUUAAGAUCAUUCAAGAUGAUAGCAAAGUUGCUAGGUAUCACGUUGGGGAUCACGUUCAAGUCCGUCGCUGGCACGCGAGCAAAAGUACGUAUGGUCCUUGGAAGCCCGCCACUGUGCACGAUAGGGUGCAUCCCAUUGAUAAUGCAACCGGCCGUAAGCAGAGAUUAUACGUGGUCGCUUUCGGCGACAGAAUAAGCCGCGAUAUGUAUGACCCAGGCCUUGGAGAGAUCACUCGCUACAACGCCAACGAGAUAUACGCCACGCCCGAUCCUCAGUAUGAUCAUUAUGGGAUUGUCUUCGCUCUGGUCAAUGCCAGCAUCGCCAAAGACCGCAAAGCAGGUAUACUCGUACCCGGGCAACGCACUAGAGAGGAGCCGUGGAAAGUGCGUCUCCUUGUCGGUCCGAGGGCUGGAUAUGAUUACCAGGCGACGUUCGCUAUCCCGUACACCCGCCAUGACGCUGCCCGUGCGCAAGCCAAUGGGCUCGAGCUCUUCGGAGACGGGACGCCCGAGUUCCUCAGGAGCCAUGGAUACUAUGGGCCUCUAGGCGACAUUUAA